GCUCGUUUCAUUCUUCCAUCGUAACCGACUGCUGCUCCGGAACUUAUUCUUCAGGUCCUAGACUACAGCACUUAGUAUUCCCAGCGUUUCAAUUGGCCCAGAUUGGCCCAAGCUUUCUAGUUUGCACCCGAAAAUCGCCCUGCUGCAAAAGUUGCUCAACUCCAACAAUUGCCUUGACAGACAUCACAUCGUCAAUUGUCGACGACACCCCCCCUUCAACAUGUUCUCCAGGACGGCUCUUUCGAGAGGUGCCCAGCUGGCUGCUCGUCGCCAGGCUUCCAGCAAGCUUGCGCAACGUGGCUACGCUGCUGCAUCCUCCGCUCCCGACUCUCACACCUUCGAGACCGCCGAUGUAGCCGGCGUCAAGGUUGCCGCCCGCGACUCUCACGGCCCUACCACCAGACUGGCCAUCGUGGCCAAGGCUGGAACACGAUACGCACCCGCUCCUGGUUUGACCGCUGCUCUCGAGGAGUUUGCUUUCAAGAACACCACGAAGCGAUCCGCCCUGCGAAUCACCCGAGAGAGCGAGUUGCUUGGAGGUCAAUUGCUCGCAUACCACACCAGAGAGGCUCUCGUUCUCGAGGCCAGCUUCUUGCGCGAGGACAUCCCAUACUUCACCGAGUUGCUCGCCGAGGUCAUCUCCUCGACCAAGUACACCACCUACGAGUUCCACGAGGAUGUCGAGCGAAUCCUGCACCUGAAGCAGGCCAAGCUUGGCAGUGACGUUUCCGCCCUCGCCCUCGACGCGGUCCACUCCGUCGCUUUCCACACUGGCCUCGGCUCACCACUGUACCCAUCGCCCUCUACUCCUCUCAAGAGCUACGUCGAUGAGCACAAGGUCGCCGCGUUCGCCGAUUCCGUCUACACCAAGUCCAACAUCGCUUUGGUCGGUGAUGGCGCCACUACUUCCGCUCUCUCCAAGUGGACCGAGCAGUUCUUCCAGUCUGUUCCCUCGUCCGCAUCUUCCUCGGCCAGCUCUGCUUCGACGACAUACUACGGCGGUGAAUCCCGUCUGGCUCACGCUGGCGGAAACACCCUGAUCGUUGCUUUCCCCGGUUCAAGCUUCGGUUCUUACAAGCCCGAGGUUGCUGUUCUUGCUGCUCUGCUCGGUGGACAAUCCAACGUCAAGUGGUCUCCUGGCUUCACCCUCCUCUCCAAGAUCGCUGCCGCCAACCCCGGUGCUACCGCAUCGGCAAGCAACCUCGCAUACUCUGAUGCUGGUCUGUUCACCAUCCAGGUCUCCGGCGCCGCCGGUGCUGUCCGCACCACCGCCCAAGAGGCCGUCAAGGCGUUGAAGAGCGUCGUCGAGGGCGGUGUUAGCAAGGAGGAUCUUACCAAGGCCAUUGCCAAGGCCAAGUUCGACGCCUUGGCAUCAAGCGAGGCUGGCAUCUCAACUAUCCUGGCGGCUGGCUCUGGUCUUGUCCACUCUGGCAAGCCUUUCCAGAUUGCUGAGACCAUCAAGAGCCUCGAGGGUGUGACGGCAGAGAAGUUGAAGACUGCUGCUAAGGCACUUGUUGACGGAAAGGCUUCGGUUGCUGCUGUCGGUGACCUGCACGCUUUGCCAUAUGCCGAGGAGCUUGGUCUUAAGGUAUAGACUGGGAAAUUGGAGUAGGACUUGUACCAACAAUUCAGCUCACUGCUGUAGAAUCGAGACCUGUGCAUAUAGUAAAUCUAUUAGAAUUUCAUUGCUUCUGACAUGUAUUCCGGCCCGCUUCAGUAAAACUGCCCUGUGAAGGACCAUGCCGAACCUCUAGAUUUCGUAAAUCUGUCCAGAAGCAUUCGGCUUGUCAGGGAUAUGUCGAAUACAAUUGACUUGACGAGAAGGACAUAUUCAUGCGUCUUCGCAGGCGUUGUUGAAGAAUACCCGGUAUAUGGAGUUAAUGGGUUUGGCCAUAUGACCGUACGCUGCCGGGCAGGCUAAGCGUCACGUGACGGUAGAAAAUCAACC